AUGCGGGGGACGCCCAAGCCCUCGAACCGCAACCAGCCCCAGCAAUUCCCCCACAGCCCAUCGGGGAUUCCACGACCAGCUCUCGAGACUCAUGCCUCUCACGUUGCCCAGAGCGAAGCGGGCGGCUCUGGGCUCAGCGCCAGCCGCGCGAAGAUGUCGAAGCGCGACGACGCCAUUCGCCGAAAGAUCGAAACCGACCUGAACAAGAAGAAGAACCCCAGCGGCCGAGUGCGACCCUCCAAGAAAGCCCCGCCUGGCACUGUCCUCGCCCUGAAGCCCUCCCCCGCGCUCCAGAUCAAGCCCUCUACCUCAGUCGCCGAGGCGGCUCAAUUGAUGGCAGCUAAACGAGAAGAUUGCGUGCUGGUGACCGAUGACGAUGAACGCAUAGCAGGUAUCUUCACUGCUAAGGACCUGGCCUUCCGUGUCGUUGGCGCUGGAAUCAAGGCUCGCGAUGUCACCAUCGAAGAGAUCAUGACCAAGAACCCCCUCUGCGCAAAGACCGAUACGAGUGCGACCGAUGCUCUGGAUCUGAUGGUCAGGAAGGGCUUUCGUCAUCUUCCAGUCAUGGACGAGAACCACGACAUUUCGGGUAUCUUGGAUAUUACCAAAUGUUUCUACGACGCCAUGGAGAAGUUGGAGCGCGCCUACAGCUCUUCGCGCAAGUUGUACGAUGCUCUAGAGGGUGUCCAGGCCGAGAUGGGCUCCAGCCAGCCGCAACAGAUCAUCCAGUACGUCGAGGCUAUUCGUCAGAAGAUGUCUGGGCCUACACUCGAGUCUGUUUUGACGGGACUCCCACCCACCACUGUUUCUGUGCGCACCUCCGUCAAGGAAGCUGCGUCACUGAUGAAGGAGAACCAUACCACGGCCGUCCUGGUACAGGACAACGGAUCCAUCACCGGUAUCUUCACCAGCAAGGAUGUCGUCCUCCGCGUUAUUGCCGCAGGGCUCGACCCCAUGACUUGCAGUGUUGUACGAGUAAUGACACCUCAUCCUGACUUUGCGCCCAUGGACAUGAGCAUCCAGUCUGCUCUCCGCAAGAUGCAUGAUGGGCAUUAUCUCAACCUGCCCGUGAUGAGCGACGCUGGAGAAAUCGUUGGUAUGGUCGAUGUUCUCAAACUAACCUAUGCUACUCUCGAUCAGAUCAACAACAUCAGCACAACGGACAGUGAAGGCCCCGCAUGGAAUAAGUUCUGGUUGUCUCUGGACAACGAGACUGAGUCGAUGAUGUCAGGCGAGGGUGGAAGCCGUGUCCAUGACCACCGCUCGUACCUCUCACACAACGACCGCCCUGGCCUCAUGGAUCGCGGCGAUAGUGUGCUACCCAACGAGUCUGCUUCUCAUCAUGGCGGUGACUCACCAGACCCGUCCGCUGUCGCCAGUAUUCCACCGUCCCACAUGGAGGACAUGCCAUUCCCUUUCAAGUUCAAGGCGCCAAGUGGUCGCGUCCACCGUCUGCAGGUAGUCGUAUCUGCAGGCAUCGAAGAGCUUAUCCACAAUGUAGCCAACAAGCUCGGUAGCGAGGUCGAAGCCAUAGGAGGCACACCGAGCUUCGAAGACGGCAAAGUCUCUCGCGGUGGUUUCGCCCUUAGCUAUCUUGACAACGAGGGUGAUACCAUCUCCAUCACCACCAACGACGAUUUGGUCGAAGCUGUCAGCCUAUCUCGUAUGGCGCAUCGCGAGAAGGUUGACCUUUUCGUACACCACCCCGACAAGGCCCCAAUGUCUGCCGAGGUCAAUCCACAACCUGCGCUACCCAAGCCCGUUACACCACCUGAGUCUACUCUUCGCGAGCGCAAGCAGUUCUUCGAUGAGGACGACGAAAAGCCUAGAUCGAGAGGCCGGAAUCAACCAGUACCUCUCUCGCAACAGCCGGAGAUCAUUGCUGGUGUUCCAAAUGACCUUCUCCUACCUGGAGCUAUCGGUGUACUAGCCGUAGUUAUCGUUGGUGUCUUUGUUCUUGGUCGCGCUAGUCGGUAA